UAAUGCAUGCGCAGUUGACACGUUGGCUUAUUAAAUACCCCAGCAAUCCAUGUUGAUGUUGGAGAUGAAUUUUAUAUAAAUUUUCCAUUUAUCCAAACAGAAAUGAAUGCUAGUGAAUUAGAAAAACUUAUCCAAGAAUGUCAUGCAGCGAAAGAAAAAGCUUAUGCUCCAUACAGCAAAUUUCGUGUUGGUGCAGCCGUAUUGUGUGAGGAUGGUCAGAUUAUACAAGGAUGUAAUGUUGAAAAUGUCUCUCAUGGACACGGAUUGUGUGCUGAAAGAGCAGCUUUAGUACGAGCAGUAAGUCUAGGAUAUCGAAAGUUCAAAGCAAUUUCUGUUACAACGGAUGUUACUGAUAAAUGGACAUAUCCUUGUGGUUCCUGUCGUCAAUUUAUCGUUGAGUUUGGAAAUGAUUUAGAUAUAUAUCUCGUUAAAACAGACUCCACGUACAAGAAAGUGAAUAUUAAAGACAUAUUACCAUAUCCAUUUCAAGAUACUUUUCUGCCGUAGCAUUGACAAGAAUGCAAUACGCAGACGAAAUCAGGGAUUUGAUAUCACCUGGGAUAUUCAUAUUCAUUUUAUAUAGAGUGGCAGAGAGUUAUUAAACACUGACACUAUAUAAAAUACAAUAUUUAAAUAACAAUUUGAUAUAAAACUAAGGACUUGAAUUAAUAUUUUCUAUGGUUGAAUCAAUUUUCUCUAAUGCUUGUAUUACUGCUAUCACCUAGCUCAGACCAGGUGCUUCGGUUUGUUUUCCUGGGGCCGAAAAAGCCAGUUAGUUUAAUCCUGGGUUAACAAAAUCUUCAAAGCAAUCUUUAUUCCCAACAGUGUUUUCCCACAGAUCUUGUUUGGAUCAAGGGAAGUUCUGUUUUCUGAAGUUUUGAAGUAAACAGACACACAGAAAUACACAAACCAAAACAGCAGGCUAAAUUUUAACCCAGAGUUAGUGCUACUCCAGCUUCGAACAAACAGCCCCAGUUGUGUCAUGAUAGUAUGAUACACAAGACCAUUGUUCUUGGGUGGGUUAUCACCAAGACAGUACUCAACCUCGUUCCCAGGGUCUGUCCUUGGGAACGAGGUUGGACAGUACUAUAGAACUCCCAUUACUCCCUUAAUUGAGAGUUGUAAACAGGCCUCAACACUAACCUAACUAAAAUCACUAAAUUUGCAUUGCACAACAUUCUCAUCUCCUGUUUUACAUGUUUUCAACAAAAACUAGUUUCAAGGUUCAUCACCUGAUAUGAUGUAUGAAAUGUUAAGGACAUUUCAAAGAAUAUACAUGUAUGUAGUUCUAAGGAUGGAAGGACCAAUAGACUGUGCUGUUCAUUGCACUCCUGCCCCAGUGACCUCAUUUUUAUGCAUGUGGUUUUUCCUCAUGUUCUGUGCACAAGAGGCUUGUGUGUUUGGGAUCAAGAUCAAAGAGAAAUACAUUUGUGCACGAAACAUGGAGAUAUAACAUGUGUGCCUGCCAUGACAGCAUGUGUACCUGCCAUGUGAGUCACUGAGUCUUCCAUGCUAAAACAUGCAGGCAAACAUGAAAACAGGCAAAGUAGAGUUGACUGGAAGGAAUUUCAUGUAAAAACUAAUAGUAGUACUACUGUCACCACUAAAAAUAAAAGUAAACUGAGACCUCUGCUCCCAGGGUACAGUGUAUAUGAUAUUGAUUUUCUCGAUAUUUUUAUUUAAUUUUUGAAUAAAACAAAGUUAUGGAGAUUGAUUGCA